AUGGGAACCUAUUUUUCAAAUCGGAGUCUCUUGGUUUUGGUUAUCAUCGGAAUUUACUUAGGAUUCGGCGCUGUUCAUUGCUACAACCGUCCACCGCCUCGUAAAACCGUAUAUGUUCCUCAGGACGACGAUGAUUCUGCACCACAACAGGUACAUAUAUAUCAAGUGGGCCAAAACAAGAUGGGAAUUUCUUGGAUUACAAACAAUCCAACUCCUGCAACAGUGAAGUAUGGUCCAUCUCCUUCAGCAGAUGCAUUUUCUGCCACUGGAACUACCUCUUCUUACCAUUAUACUGGUUAUCAAUCUGGUGAAAUUCACAAUGUUGUAAUUGGUUCACUCAACCCCAAUACUGUCUACUCCUACAAGUUAGGUGACUCCCCUAAAACAUACAAUUUCAAGACUACACCUAAUCAACUUCCAAUCAAGUUUGCAGUAAUAGGAGAUCUUGGACAGACAGAAGAUACAAGUUCAACAUUGGAUCAUAUAAGUAAAUCAAAUUACGACAUGUUAUUAUUACCCGGUGACUUAUCCUAUGCUGAUUUUAUACAACCUCUAUGGGACUCUUUUGGUCGUUUGGUUGAACCAUUAGCAAGCCAACGUCCAUGGAUGGUCACUCAAGGUAACCACGAAGUCGAGAAGAUUCCAAUCAUCCAUAGAACACCAUUCACAGCCUACAAUGCAAGGUGGAAAAUGCCGUUUGAAGAGAGUGGAUCAGACUCUAACCUUUACUACUCUUUCGAUGUUUCUGGUGUUCAUGUCAUAAUGUUGGGAUCUUACACCGAUUUUGACGAAGAUUCUUCACAGUAUAAAUGGCUUCAAGGGGAUUUACAGAAGAUAAAUAGGAAAAACACUCCUUGGAUAGUGGCGUUGAUUCAUGCUCCAUGGUAUAAUACUAAUGAAGCUCAUCAGGGUGAGGAUGAAUCUGUUGACAUGAAGGCUUCUAUGGAAGAUUUGCUCUAUCAUGCUCGCAUUGAUUUUGUUUUUGCAGGACAUGUUCAUGCCUACGAACGCUUUACUCGAGUUUAUAAAGAUAAAAGUGACAAUUGUGGUCCGGUGCAUAUUACCAUUGGAGACGGAGGAAAUCGUGAAGGAUUAGCCUCAAAGUACCAAGAUCCUAAGCCAGAUAUAUCAUUGUUCAGAGAGGCUAGCUUUGGACAUGGAUUAUUAGAAGUGUUUAAUGCAUCUCAUGCACUUUGGACAUGGCAUAAAAAUGAUAAUGAUGAGUCUGUUGUUAGUGAUUCUGUUUGGCUAACAAGUUUAUCCUCUAAUACCGCUUGUAAAGCGUGA